GCCUUYUAUGCAACAUCRCAYGCUGGUGUCAUGUAUGACUUCAAAGAAAACAAACAAAGGCUUCUGCAAGGACAUUGUAAUGCAAUUGCAUGUACUUGUGCAAGUGAAGAUCGUCGUUGGAUUGCGACUGCAGACAAUGGUGAAAAUAGCAUGGUUAUUGUAUGGGAUUCAUUUACAGGCAUCCCAGUUCAGACAAUCUUUGAUCCUCAUCCAAGUGGAUGUGUUGCCAUAGCAAUGUCACCAGAUGCAAAAUACAUCACAACAAUCAGUAACACCCUUCCUCAGGUUGUGUCAAUAUGGGACUGGACAACAAAUGGAGAAACUCCUUCAAGUUCUACAACAUUGGAUGGAGACUUUGGAAUGCAGAAUUAUAUACUAUUCAAUCCAGAUGACACCUCACAGUUAGUGAGCAACAGUCGCUCACAAGUUAUUUUUUACUCAUUGGUUGAUGAUAAACUUGAAUACAAAGCUCCCCCACUUACUGAUAAAGAUUUUAAUCGGAGUGUUGGAGAAUACAGUCAGUCAGUAUUCCAAAAGAAGUCCACCAGAGCUCUCACAGCAACAAGCUGUGGUAAUAUUGUUGUAUGGGAACAUACUGGCAAGGACCUCCCAUGCAAUAGAAAGGCAUUUAAGAUAGUUAAACUACAGGAGAAAGCUUUGACUGUACUUACAACUAUAGACAAAUUUAUUGUAACUGGAGACAUAUCUGGACAUGUUCGUUUUCUUGAUCAGCAGCUUAGACUUUCAAAUUGGUACAAACAUUUUGAUGCUGGUCCAGUUAAUUCUGUAUCAUUUUCACAUCAACACAAGCMACCUGUUUCAGAAUUGAGCAUCAGAGGUUCAGCAUUUGCAGCCAGUUCAACACUCGAUGCAAGUCCAUUUGUUGUAAAUGAUUUUAUUGUCAGCUCAACAACUGCUAAUAUGGUUUUCUUCUCGCCUGCUUCACAUGUACUAGAGUGGGUUUGCAAGGAACAUGAUCGUCCUGUYCAUGCUAUUGCCUGCCAUCCAUCACAACCGCAAAUUUGUAUUGGAGGAUACAGUGGAGCUAUAUUAUUGUGGGACUACCAAGAAAAAACACUCAUAGCAAGUCGUAAUUUUGACAAACUGAUGGUGAAUUGUAUCACAUUCAAUGCCACUGGAGAUCUCAUAGCUUUAGGUUUCACAAAUGGCUGUGUUCGUAUAAUCGAUGGUGUGACGCUGCGUGAUGAAGGCAAAGGCGAAGGUGUGGCAGAGUUUCAUCAUUGUCACGACAGCGUGACACACAUCAAAUUCUCUCAUAAUUCGGAUUAUCUUGCUACAGCGGAUCUUGACCGUUGCGUGACGAUUUUCAAGAAUCAAAUAGAUGAUGAGGACCAGCCUUGGGUGUAUGUGGGCAAGCAACGAGCACAUUAUAGAAAAAUACAAGAUAUCGAGUUUGGUAUUGAACUUGAUAGUGAUAUUCCACGACUGUUAUCAAUAGGGCAAGACAGAGUGUUGGUUGAGUAUGACUUGAUGAACAGCUCAACUGAUGAUGUGCAACUCUUGUCAAGUGAGCGAAUUGARCAGAGUGCAAUACCGCAGUGUUUCACGUGGUAUCCACCCAUUGUCAARGAAAAUUUUCUUGUGCUUGCAAACGACCAGUUUAAAAUGAAGCUGUACAACUCCACAACGAAGAUGUGUCGAAAAACCCUUCUUGGGCCCACAUAUGGGACACCUUUGAAAAAAAUUAUCAUGCUUCCUGCUUAUGAAGAUCGAGAAACCAGGUUCAUGACGUACAUAACCAUGGACAAGAUUGGUCUUCAGAUGCUUCCACUAGACGGCAACCCUCACAAGUCAAUGGCACUUAUCGCUCAUCCUGAUGGUGUGUGCAAUCUUUGUAGUUCGUAUGACGGCAAGUACGUGUUCACGGCUGGUGGUGAUGAUUGCAGUGUCCUCAUGUGGGCAGUCAACCCUGAUGCGCUUGAGGCUGCUGCCAGGCUUGGAGGGGAGGAUUUGAUUCCUUUCUACGGCUUACUAGAAGGAGGACGUGAAGGCGAACUGUUUGCGGAGYUAGAGGAUUAUUUCUACUAUGCUCAACUUAGAGAUCAAAGUGUAGACACCACAGAGACUCGUAGCGUCUCGACUAAAGUACCUCUGAACCAAGUGCCAUACAUCGCUCGUGCCCUUGGUUUCUAUCCUACAGAACAAGAGUGUAUGUUAACCACAGACCAGCCUUUGGACUAUCUCCAACUGAUCUUCAUCAAGCGUUUACCAAACUCGGUSAGCCCGGAGAUCAAGGCUUUGAAGUCAGCCGGGAUGAACUUUUAGACAUGCUCAAAAACCGAGGAGAACAUUUAACCGAAGCUGAGCUUGCCGAAUACAUGUCAACAUUAAUGGGRGAAGGAGAUCUUGGUGGAAGCGCAGAGACUGGGACCUUUGACGCGUCAGAGGCCUCUGAACUCCUGCGUGCGCAUUUACCAGAAACAUUUACCGCUGAAAGCUUUGCGACUCAUGUGAUAGGCUUCAGCUUAGAGGGAACUUCUUGAAUGUUUUGUAAGCAUGUAAUUACUGGUUUGUAAAUAUGUUAAUAUAAUUGUCAUUAAAUCCAUUUGAAAUGAUCA